AUGGCCGCAGCAAAGCUUUGCUGUACUGCGCCUCUGAGAUCACAGUCGCCUGACGAUACACCUCCGAGGCCUGUCAGGCCCUUCAAGUCUUUGGCCAACAUCAAGACACACUUUGCCCAUAACAACCAUACUACAGACACCGCAGAUGACCACACGCAAAGAACCCAACCACUCUAUCCAGCAGACGACCUUGAGCUUCGCCGUAUCUUUGUUGCUGCCUCCUUGCCAGAGGAUCAUCCUCAUGCCCUCAAAAUCCGUCAUCGUAAGCCUGAAGUUGACGAGAGUAUCAUACAUUCACCAAGCUUCACCAACAAGCUGCGCAGACAGUUGAGUCGCAAGAGCUUAGUGACAGAUAAAUUCCACAAGCAUUCGGCAAGAAAGUUGGAUCUGAGGCCUCAUGUGUUGCCGAGGAAACGGCUGGAGCAUGGCCUGCCGGAACUUGCUGGUAGUUACGAUGAUGAUGCUCAGUCAUUGUGCUUGAUCGGGUCUCGGCUCGCUUCUCUUGCGAACGACAGGUGCGCCAUGAUGGAUGCGAAUUCAGUGCAACCCAUUCGAUCCGCUGGACCCCUUGAUCGCUCUAUCAUUGGCCCAGAUGAGCCACGCCGGUCAGCCAGUAUGCCUCCUGCAUCCUGUUCGGCAGACUCUGCAUCACAAUUGAGACGUUCACUUUCCUCCGACAUGCAGCAGGAAUUCAAAGGUGCUCUCACCGUCCAUCUACCUGGUCCUACCUUCAUGAACGCGGACGACAUAUGGCAAUCGUCGCCGGUAGGUAUACAAACGAGUACCGUGCAGUUCUUGAAGACACCCAACUCUGCCGGUCCACAAUUCACAAGUCCUCAACUAUCAUCUUCAGACCUGGGUCAGCCGCAACUGGUGAGAGGCAAGUCAAGAAGCACAGACAAGCACAAGACGUUGUCUAGAGACUCGACCGCUUCGCUGCACUUGCACGAUAUGCAAAUCUCGCAGCAUCUACGUACACGAUCGCAAGUUUCAGUAGCUUCAAGUGCGAGCGAGCCAGACAGACAAAACCGCCAUACACAUGCAAGCCUAAACAGCAUCGUGCUCUCCUCUGUGGGCCCUGAACGCUGCAAGAGCAUAUCCAGCUCUGGUUUUGCUGCCUCGGUUCGGCCUUCUACCUGGGAAAAGGUUCUCGAAGACGAGUCUUCCUCCAUAUACAGUCGCAGGCCAAGCACUGCCUUGGAGGCUCCGAUCGUGCCAGCCAAGGAGCGCGCUUCUGAUCCCUCGCAUGAGACUGUCCAAUGGAAAUCGGUGGCCCCUAACGUAUCCAAGCUCACUAAGCAGGGCAAGGAAAAUACUGCUUGCCAAGCAGAGAGGGUCAUGUCUGUGUCCACUGGCAUCAGCUUCAUAGCAAGUGUUUCGGCCUCUCACACUGAUCCUAGAGAGUCUGUAUCGGUGAGUAGCUCAGCAUGCAUCAGCGCUUGGCCUGACCACAACACGAUGUGUUCCCUUCCAAAAAGUGACAGUUCCGGAAGUCUCGGAAAGCUGAGUAAAUUCAAGGAGGACCUCAACAAUGCCUCGACUGUUCCCAAAUCUACCAAGAAGCGCCGCUCGGUCUUGCAACUACUGUUUCCUAGACUCACACGAUCAAAGCUUCGAAGUACCAGCACGCCACUGCUUGGUGGUCGGACCCUGUCUUUACUCAAUCAGACUUAUGACGGUACUAGGGAUGCUCAAGACUUUCUCUCAGUGCCAUCUUCCUCUAAGCCACGAGGCGCUCAGCGAGCGGCCAGCUUCACUGAUAACGCGGAGCUCAGGCCUGCCAGUUCACCUUCGAUCAGUUCCUCGGCCGCCACUCCAUCUUUGCAGUCACGUCGAUCCUUGGUGAACUACGAAAGAAGCCUUUCAGUUGUGGGUGACAACCGUCGCCGUAAAUCGACUUUGGGAAAACCAAAGAUCGAAGUGGACCCAACUGAAGAUCAAGGUGAUUAUCCGGAGCGAACCAUACGCCGUGCAAGCCCUCUUCUGAGUCCUAGCAGAAAGGGAACGGAAGAAGCCUUGAUGGAAAAGGCGUUGCUACAACACCAGGCAGAGAAAGCGGCCCUUCUCCGUCCAAGCAACCAGAAGAUCGAGACAGCACCAAAUCCACGUCAUAUACCUGUUUUCACGAGCCCUUUCGGUUUCCAAUCUACCAGCGAAGCUAGAUUGGCUACAGCAACGCUUGAAGAACUUGACCCGUUAGAAGCUGAAGAGUCACCAGCUGUUCGCAGAGGUCAAAGUAUGCAAGAUUUUAAGUCCUCUGAAGAUUUUGCUGCCGAAUCUUCCAAGUCUCGUGGCAAAAAACGCAGCACUGUCUGGACCAUGGACACCGCUAUGACAAAGGACACCAGAUCACACCUCCGCGCAAUCGCUCCACCACAUUCCUGGAGUCAAUAUCCAUCGCAUACACGAGAACGACGCUGUAGUUCAGCCGGACGCCAUGAUAGCAUCAUCUGUCGAGACUUUGCUCAUGGUCAAACUCCAUGCAACGUUGACCAAGCAAUCUCAGUCGAGGAGAUAACGAAAUCGCAUAAGGGCUGGCCACGUCUGGCCAAUACCAAAAGAAGAAACUGGAUUGCGAAAUCGCGGUCGAUGCCAUUCGGGACAGUAUUCCGCUACUAUUCUAAUCUUCUUACUUCCUCGGCGGCUCGUAACCGCCGGUCGUCCACGGCAACAGGUGGUAGGCUUGAGCAUCCAGAACUCGAAGUCUUGCCUCCAGUGCUACCAGUACAUCCAGUUUCGUCCCCGCACUCAGAUCUCAAAGAUCAAUCUUCGGAUUGCCCAGAUCAUCUCGAAGGGAAAGGCCAUAACGACAAAAAGGGGCUUGGAGCCCUCCAUCGCCGUUGCCAAAAGUCAGCUUUGUGUGAAGACAAGUCCCAAUCAGGACACGCCCCAGGUAUCUCUUAUCCUCGCGAUGAAUCACAAUCUAUGCAUAGUCAGGCAGCAACUGAGUUGAGACUGGGGAACAGCUCAGAGGAUAUGUCCAUUGUGCCUGAUUUGCUCGAUGGAAAUGUCGAGGACAAGUCCGCAGAACCGGACAGAGCACUGAGUGCACGAAGAUUGUCUCGCAUGUAUCAAGCCUAUGUGCAGCUUCCGACGUCUCUGGACAACUCCGAAGUCGAGCGAGUCGAUGUCACAGAUGGAUGCGACCAUACAUCAUGUGGACCCGUCACUACCGGGUCGCCUGAAACUGACUCGAAUAUGUCUACGGUCGAAUUCUUGACCGUCCCGUCUGUCAAACAGCGUCUGUCCUCCGCUCCGAUCACUCGCCACUUCCCCUCGGUCACUGUAGUUGAUGACAGAAAGGGACACUGGCGAAGUGUCAGUCUGUUGUCGGUGGAUUCUAGAAGAAGUAUCCGCAAGAGCACUAGAGAUCUUUUGGAGGUCGUUAGAGCAACCCAAACACAGGAGCUUGCGAAGUUGUUGAGCACAUCUGAGACUUCGAUCACGGAUGCAGAUAUCCCUUGA